AUGAGCUGGGCCAAGGAGGUCGACAGGUCCGGCGUCACCUUUGUCAACAGCUUUGCCGACCCGCGCGGCAUGCCCUUCUCGCCGCUGCCCGAGGUGACUCUCGUCGGCCGCUCCAACGUCGGCAAGUCGUCGGCGCUGAAUGCGCUGUCCGGUCGGCGGAAAAGGGUGGCGCAGGUGUCAAAGACGCCCGGCCGGACGCGGCUGAUCAACCUCUUCUCGGUCGGCAGCGCCCUGACCGUCACCGAUCUGCCCGGAUACGGCUUUGCAAAGGUGUCGGCCGAGCUGCAGGAGGAGUGGCGGAGGAACGUGGAGGCGUACCUCCGCCAGCGCGAGAACCUGCGCGCCGCGGUCGUCUUCAUCGACUCGCAGCGCGAGCCGCAGGCCGUCGACGCGCAGAUCCUCGACUUUUUGGCCUUCCACGAGAUCCCUUCGGUGGUCGUCGCGACGAAGGUGGAUAAGGUGCGCCCGUCGCAGCUCGACAACUGCAUGGCCGCCCUGCGCAGGGGGCUGGCGCUGCCGCCCGACCAGCCGAUCCCAUUCUCGUCCACCACCGGCGUCGGCAGGAAAGAGCUAUGGCAGUACCUGCAGGAGAUAUGCUUGGCCGAGUGA